AUGAGCAGUCGGGCAGAAGACCCGACGAGGAGGCAAAUUCUUCCUCCCACACCGAGGAGCGGUCGGGCCAGGCACCCGACCAGGAGGCAAUCUCUACCAGCAGUGCCUACAGAACCAACACCUUCACCCAUCGAAUCAGCAGCAGGGGUCUCUUCUGACAGCGAGGGGACUACUUCCCAGAUGGGUCGACCACCAUACAUGGCAUCAAACUCAUCCAUGUCAAAGGAAGAACCAGCCGCCCUCGCCGAAGCUGACCCUCAAAACGACAUCCCUGAUGCUGCUGAUCCCGAAAUUGAAGGUGCCCCAGAGAUCCCGGCUGCAGUGGCUCUAGAUGCAGCCGCCCAACCUGCAGCCGCCCAGCCAGCAGCGGCACUUCCUCUAGCAAUUGAGUGGCAGGCAGAAGAACCACCUGUGGCAGCCCAACCUCCAUAA